GUCAAUCUUGCCCAUGCGACCACGUGUAUUAAGCGGUCAUUUGUACUAAACGACCAUUUUGAAAUCCUCCCGUCGAUAAUCCCUAUAUAAUUGCGUUGUGCUCAACGACUUUUGUCUUACGCGACCAGCGGCCAUUCAAAGGCGGCAAAUUUAUUGAUCUUUUUUGCUUUAAGCGACCGUAAAAUAAUAAUAUAUCACAAAUUGUCACUAAUUUGUAUAAUAAAGGUCGACAUACAAUAGGUGCGAACGUCUGUAAACAAGUGCUAAUUGCCAUCCGCUUAAAAACUGUAAAGUAAUAACCAUGCAUUAUCGACUAAUUAAAACGGCCUUCAAUGACCGCAUGCAGCCAAUCACGAUUAAGCUUUCUAUUUACGGUUAGCGUGAAGGACCGCCUUUUUUCCUCUGCUCUGUGUAAUUUAACCUUGUGUAGACUUUCAUGAGCAUAUUCUAUUUACAUCUUAACAUAUUGUCGGUGUUGUACAAAUUAAUAAUACGUCGUAUAAAAAUUGGAUUAUUUUGUGAACAGUGAUAAAUAGCUAACAUUUGGAUUAUUUACUGUAAAAUAAUGUCGAAACGUAAAGUGCUGACUUUGGACGAACGCGUCUGUGUAUUGGAACUGUCAAAAAAUAAAAGUGCUCGAAAAAUAGCCGAUGAACUAGGUGUUGGGAAAACACAAAUACAAAACAUUCUGAAAAGAAAGGCGGAAGUAUUGGAGGAUGUGGAAAAUAACGUUUCUGGGCACCGAAAACGUCUGAGACACACAACUGGAAAUGAGGACAUAAAUGACCUUGUGUUCAAAUGGUUUACAGAUGUAACCGCCAGAAGAAUGCCUGUGUCUGGUCCGCUUCUGCAGGCACAAGCUCUAAGAUUUGCUCAAGAGUUGGGUGUUGAAACAUUCAAAGCAUCAACUGGGUGGUUAGCGUCUUUCCUUAAGAGAAAUAAUAUUGUGUUAGGGACUAUGUCUGGUGAAAGGGGAGAUGUUGACAAUGAUGUUGUGAAUGACUGGAAGUCAAAGCUACCAAAUAUCUGUGCUGGAUACCAUCCAAAAGACAUAUUCAACAUGGACGAAACAGGGUUAUUCUACAGAGAUACAACCAGGAAGUCCUACCAUUUUGAAAGGUAAAACAAAAAAUAUAUCUACUAAGCAAUGAUUUUAGCAGGUCUAAAAUUAUUAUCUUAGAAAAAGAAGAAAAAAAUUAUCAAACUUUAUCUAUACCACACUCCUCCCAACUUUAUAUCUAAAAUAAGAGUUAAAAUGUCUCGGACACUGAUAAUGUAUUUGAAAAAAGCUAAACCAUUAUUCAACCAACAUAGAUGAAAUUUCCAUCCAUAUUUAAAUCUUAAAAGUUCUACAUAACUAAAUCUGCGAUUAAAUCAAAUGCACAACACUGAUUAUUUUUACAUAUUUUUCACACUAAAUUUAAAAAAGUUAUAAAAUCAAAUUCCAAUCACAUGUAAAAUUUUUUAUUGCUGUAUGUCUUUAUGUAUUAAUUAUUAAUU